AAACCAAAAUACCAAACGAUCACCUAAUUUUCUCCUUUUGAAAAAUUAAUGGAAAAUAAAAGCCAAAAGAGAGACAAAUUGACGAACCCCGAAACACCGAAAGAAGCAAAGGCCGGCUGACAGCCUGAAAGACUCAAAUUUCCACUCUCAGUACCGUCGGAAGAAAUUAUUGAAUUCCAAUGUCUUCAGACUUAACUACCCAACCUCAAAAUCAACAACCUCCAGAGCCACCUCUCACGGCGGUUCCACCACCCAUCACCACCGUCCAUUCUACGCCUCCUUUGAAGCCUGACGUAACUCCUCCACCGCCCGAUUCCAAGAAACCCGCUCCCGAACCACCCGAUUUCGUCACUGUCCCCACCUACUCCAGUUGGUUCAGAUGGAACGAGAUAAACGAGUGUGAGGUGCGGCAUGUGCAGGAGUUCUUCGAGGGUAAGUCUCCAUCAAAGAACCCUAGUGUUUACAAAUAUUACAGGAAUGCUAUUAUCAGCAAGUUUAGGUGUAACCCUGGUAAGAAGCUCACGUUUACUGAGGUUAGGAGGACUUUGGUCGGAGAUGUGGGCUCCAUUCGCCGGGUGUUUGACUUCCUUGACACGUGGGGGCUUAUUAAUUAUUCUCCGCCUUCCGGUAAGCCGCCUUUUAAGUGGGAGGAGAAGGAUAAAGAUAAUUCUGCCAAGUCGAAUGCGGCUGCGGUUUCUGCUGCGGUUCCCUCUCCUGCUGCUGCAGAAGGGAUGGUGGCUGCAGCGGCGGUUGCCGUAGGUUCGAGUGUGAGGAAAUCAAAUAAGGUGUGCAGUGGUUGCAAAGGUGCUUGCACCAUUGCCUGCUUUGUUUGUGAUAAGCAUGACCUGGUGCUCUGUGCUAGGUGCUAUGUUCGUAAAAAUUAUCAGGUUGGUGUUAAUUCUUCAGAAUUCAGACGGGUUGAGAUUAGUGAACCAUCUAAAACAGACUGGACUGACAAAGAAACUUUGCAUCUUCUGGAAGCCGUUAUGCAUUAUGGCGAUGACUGGAAGCGUGUGGCUGAGCAUGUUAGUGGUAGAAAUGAGAAAGAGUGUGUUGGUCGUUUUAUCAAGCUUCCCUUUGGGGAGCAAUUUGUGGGGCCUGCAGAUGUGGUAGAGGAAGAUAGUAUGUCAAGUAAGAACCAAGUGACUGCUGAAUCUGGAACGGAGCCCACUGCAAAGAAAAUGCAUCUUACACCGCUUGCUGAUGCGAGCAACCCAAUUAUGGCUCAGGCUGCAUUUUUGUCAGCUUUGGCUGGUGUUGAGGUUUCAGAAGCUGCUGCUCGAGCAGCAGUGGCAACUCUGCAUGAUGCGGAUCGUCUAACAAGUAGAGGCAGUGGUCAGUUGCAAGCUCACUCGGCGAAAAUGCAAGAUUCUGCUCUUGAACCCAGUGGUGGUUCCAUCACUUGUACGCCAGAAGAAGCUCGUUUAAAGGCAGAGUCCCUGCUUAAGCAGGAAGAGGACAAGUUUUUAAACUCGAUAUCAAACAUUAUCGAGGUUAAGAUGAAAGAGAUCUUAGAUAAGAUUGAUCGUUAUGGAGAAAUGGAUUUGCAAUUGGAAAGGGAAUGGCAUCAGUUCCAUCAAAUGAAGCACCAACUUUUCCUAGAUAAGCUCACUCUUUUAUUUAACAAGACUGCUGAGCCCAAAUCUGCCGAAAAUGUUACAGAGGAAAUUGUCAGUACAGAAUUGCCUUAAUUUAGUUCUGUAGAUUAGGUUUAGUUAUUGUGCUCAACUUCUUGAAAAUCUGUGGAGCUAAAUUUUAUUACUGUAUGUUCUUUUAAUUAUUAGGGAAGUAUUAUUGUUUGUCAACAGCAAAGAAAACUGUUGUAUCAUAGCAUUAGCGUAAAUAUAAUUUUUAGACGGGAAACGUGUAUGAUGCUGUAUGUAUACUUUUUGCAAACAUUGA